CUCGAUGCUGCGCUCACUGAGGCAGUGUUUGGAGCCGGCCAGGGAGAUUCAGUAAGGGUACACAAAAGGAAAUAAACAUGGUGAACACAAGGAAAAGCUCACGGCCGGGGAGCGGUCCCUUCAUCUCCUCGAGGACUAGGUCGUCGUCGAGAAACGAGCGAAACUCUGAGGAACAUAAGGAGGCUAGUAGUGAUGUGAGCAGUCCCAGCAGUCCACGUUUGGCUCCCCCUUCCAAGCGCACCCGGCGGCAGACUGCCUCCGAGCCCAGCUCCAGUGAUACCUCCCCGUCCCCUCAGACUAAGGGGCAGAGGGUCAGCUGGGACAUUCCCACCUACCGCACCAGGUUGUCCUCUCGCAUAAUGCAAAAUGGCCACGCCCAUAUGAGUCACCGGAAUGAGGAGAGCGGAGGGGGAGAUCACUCUCACAUGAAUGGCCAUGUGGAGCUGAAGAGGAGCUGCCGGGUGAAGAAGAGCCAAUUUGAACACCUCAAUCAGAGCCUGCUGUUUGACCAGCUGGUCAACAGCACUGCUGAGGCUGUCCUUCAGGAGAUGGACAACAUAAGCAGCAUCAGGCAGAACCGUGAGGUGGAGCGACUUCGCAUGUGGACCGGAGACACUGAGGAGGAAAACAUGGACAUGUAUUCCCGGGUGAAGCGCAGGAAGUCCAUGCGCAGGAGCACUUUCAGCUUGCCUACACACCACAAAGUCAUGAGCAAAACUGAGGAGGAGGAGGAAGAAGAGGAAGGGACUGAAGAUUCUCACGGUGAGGAAGAGGAGGAGGAUGCAGAGGAUGAUGACGAAGAUGAUGAAGGAGAUGAAGCAGAAGAGGCUGGAGAGGAGAAUGACAGACCGUACAACCUAAGGCAGCGAAAGACGGUGCAGAGAUACGAGGCACCACCUAUUGAGCCUGUGAACAGAAAGCAGAGCAACCCCUCACUUUUUGACACCCACAGAUCCCCAGCAAGACGAAGCCAUAUAAGAGUGAAAAAACAUGCCAUUCACAGCAGUGACACCACCUCGUCUUCUGAUGAAGAGCGGUUUGAGCGUAGAAAAAGCAAGAGCAUGACCCGGGCCAGGAACAGAUGUCUGCCCAUGAACUUGACCGCAGAAGACUUGGCGAGUGGGGUGCUGCGUGAUAGGGUGAAAGUGGGUGCCAGCUUGGCUGAUGUGGAUCCUAUGAACCUUGAUAGCUCAGUGACAUUUGACAGUGUGGGUGGCCUCAGUAAUCACAUUCAGUCACUAAAGGAGAUGGUAGUGUUCCCACUGCUUUACCCUGAGAUCUUUGAGAGGUUUAAGAUUCAGCCUCCCAGAGGGUGUUUGUUCUAUGGCCCUCCAGGGACAGGAAAGACCCUGGUAGCACGGGCGCUUGCCAAUGAGUGUAGCCAUGGAGAUAAGAAGGUUUCCUUCUUCAUGAGGAAAGGAGCCGACUGCCUCAGCAAAUGGGUCGGUGAAUCGGAACGCCAGCUACGCCUGCUCUUUGACCAGGCAUACCUGAUGAGGCCAUCCAUUAUUUUCUUUGAUGAGAUUGAUGGUUUGGCUCCUGUUCGCUCCAGCAGGCAGGACCAGAUACACAGUUCUAUUGUGUCCACUCUGCUGGCCUUGAUGGACGGCUUGGACAGUCGUGGGGAGAUAGUGGUCAUUGGUGCUACAAACAGACUUGACUCUAUCGACCCGGCACUCAGGAGGCCUGGACGUUUUGACCGGGAGUUUUUGUUCAACCUGCCCGACAAGAAGGCCAGAAAGCACAUCUUGGAGAUUCACACACAGGACUGGAAUCCCAAAUUAGCUGAGCCGUUUGUAGAGGAACUUGCAGAAAAAUGUGUCGGCUACUGCGGUGCAGACAUUAAAGCACUUUGCACAGAGGCAGCCUUGGUGGCGUUGCGCCGCCGCUACCCCCAGAUCUAUGGCAGCAGCGUCAAACUGAAGCUGGAUGUCACCUCCAUCGUCCUGGGGCCCGGCGACUUCAGCAAGGCCAUGAGGACGAUCGUCCCAGCCUCCCAGAGGGCCCUGGCUCCCCCGGGCCGAGCCCUGUCCCCCACCCUCAGGCCCCUGCUGGCCAGCUCUUUCUACUUGGUGCUGAAAGCUCUGCUCCGAGUCUUCCCCCAUGCUCAGUGUACUGACAGGGACAACACACACGGCGGUGACAAUCAACAGCUUGAAGAGGAUUUCAUCAGCGACGAUGACAAUGAGGAAGGAUCUACUUCCAUCUAUGAAGUCCAGCCUGCUGCAACCCCAAAGAGUCAGCUCUCUUCUUCUGCAACACACAGACCUUUCCUCCAUUUCUCCUUCUCUGCCAUCCAACAGCCCACAGCAUACCGGCCUCGUCUUCUGCUGGCUGGGGCCUUUGGCUCAGGACAGAGCUCCCACUUGGCCCCUGCCUUGCUGCACCACCUGGAAAAGCUGCCAAUCCACCGCCUGGAUUUACCCACUCUCUACUCCGUCAGCGCUAAGACGCCAGAGGAGUCUUGUGCUCAGGUCUUUCGGGAGGCACGCCGGAGCUUGCCCAGUGUUGUGUUCAUGCCGCAUAUCUCAGAGUGGUGGGAGACAGUGAGUGACACUGUGAAGAGCACCUUCCUCACCUUGCUGCAGGAUGUACCCUCUUUCAGCCCUGUCCUUAUCCUUGCCACUGCUGAGACUCACUACUCACAGCUGUCAGAAGAGGUAAGAAGUAUUUUCCAGAGAACCUAUGGGGAGGUAGUGACCCUGUGCCCUCCAGGAGAAGAGGACAGGAGGAACUUCUUCUCUGAUCUGAUGCUGGUCCAAGCAGCCAGAGCUCCGCCGCGCCUCAGGAAUACAGAGAGGUGUGAAGAGGUACUGCCGGUGGAAGAGGCUCCAGGCCCCAGAGCCCUGUCAGCAGAGGAGCAGCGCCGCUUGGCUGAACAGGAGGAGAACACGCUACGGGAGCUCAGGCUUUUUCUCAGGGAUGUGACCAAGCGUCUGGCCACUGACAAACGUUUUAGCAUCUUCAGCAAGCCAGUUGACAUCGAGGAGGUGUCCGACUACCUGGAGGUUAUUCGGCAGCCUAUGGACCUGUCCACUGUCAUGACCAAGAUUGACACCCACCAGUACCUGAGAGUAAAGGACUUCCUGGUGGACAUCGAUCUUAUCUGCGCUAAUGCUUUAGAAUAUAAUCCUGACAAGGAUCCCGGAGACAAGGUGAUCAGGCACCGAGCGUGCAGUUUGAAGGACACAGCCCAUGCUAUAUUUGCUGCCGAGCUGGACCCGGAGUUUGACCGCAUGUGUGAAGAGAUCAAGGAGGCGCGAAGGAAGAGGGACCUCCUGACGCCAGCUCAGCUGACGCCAGCUCCGGGAGCUGUGGCAACCAGAAAGCACCAUGCUGCGGGAGAGGAGCAGGCCAGGAGCAGCACUCAGGGCGAGGCCACUGACAAACAGUGCACCACUAAUCAUAUAAAGCGCAAGUUUCGCCGGCGGCCAUCUUGGGGGCGGGGCAUCAUCCGUAAGAAGAAGAACUACAAGAAAGGAACAGAAGAGGAGGAGGAGGAGGAGCCCGAGGCAGAAGUGGAAGCUGCAGGGCCCAGUGACUCGUGUUUGACGCAGGAUGAGGAAUCAUCUUGUGAUACCACAGGUCCCCAGCCCAAUGGCCACCAUCCCCAUGUCUCCUCCACAGAGGAGGAGAGCUCCAAUGAGCCCCCUGUUGAAGCUCCCGUCCAACCUUCAGAUGCCAGUGAAGCCCUAGAAGAGCAAACACCUAAGGAGGAGCCAACAGCCAAAGAUGCGGAGUCGGAGAACACAGAGACCCACAGUGAGCUGCGUUGCCUUGGUGGCAGUUCUCAACCCAAGGCAGACGGGGAUAGACAGGCCAAUCAGGCAGACUUCCAUCCUUUGAUUGAAAUGUCCGAGGCCCAGCCUAAGCACACAGAGAGUCUCCUUGUAUCACAAAUGGACUGUGUGAAUGGAAAUGAGUCAAUGGACAGCCUAGACUCUCAGAGCCUCAAGAUAAGCAGCGAGGUUGAGAAAAGGACUCCUCAGAGCAUGGCUGAGAGCUCUAAUAAGCCAGAACAGGAAGAGCACAAAGACAACAAUAAGAGCAACCCAACUCAGGAGCACCCUCCCCAGGAUGGGAGAGCAGCAGUAACAGAAGAUGUUGAGGAAGAUCAAGAUAAAGAAGGGAGUUCCAAAGCCAGGAAAUGCAAGAACACCCUGUCAGAGCAGCUGAAGGGAUCUGAAAGGAUAGAAAAAGAGCCAAAACCAGUCUCUCCCCGUCCUCCAGUAGUGGUAGACCACCAGCGACUUUUGGCUCUACUGGAUAUGGUGGUGAAGAAGAGUGAGGGCUACAGCGUGGAGCAGCUGGAGAGACUGUACUCCCUUCUCAGUCAGUGUAUCUACCAGCACCGCAGAGAGUAUGAAAAGACCCAGCUACUGGAGGAGAUGGAGGAGAGAAUCCAGCAUUUUGAUACAUUCCUGUGAGAUGGACAGAUUCAGGUAGAUCCUGAACAGCCUGGGACCACAAAGACACAACUGAGUGAGUGAAGGAGCUUUUGAGUCCAGCCCUCAACUAAAAAACACAGAAAAUCCAGCGCCCUCCUCUUGCUGGGAGGUAACACAACAAGGACGAGGUUGAGGACAGAGACAUUCAAUGGUGCUAUCGUCUCAGGAACCUGGCCAGAUCCAGACCCAUUAUACACAACCAAACUCCCCUGAGGUGUGUCAGUCACACACACACACACGCACACACACCGAUGGUGACGGGCAACCCUGGUGCUACUUGGGUGCUAUUCUAACUUUUAUCCAUGCUGCUCUUGGGAUUACUUCUUAACUUGGAUGACUAGCAAAACCAACAGAUCUGGUGAUGUCAUAUCGAAAACCAUACAUACACCCCUCACACACACACCCACACCCCCACACCCACCCACACCUUGACACUUGGGUAUGCAUGUACAUCUACAAACACACACACACACACACACACACACACACACACACACACACACACACACACACACACACACACACACACACACACACACACACACACACACACUCACUCAGAUCCUCACCAGCAGAAGUGUGAAUGCAGAGUGCCGCUAGGAGAUGAGGACAGAUAAUGUUCUGAAUCACUGAACUACGUUGCUGAGCCCAUCUUGCCCUCGAGUGGAAAGCUUCAUCAUAGGCCAGUUGUUACCAUGCUAUUAGAUGGCUCAUUUUUUUUCUGCCAUUUUAGCUACUUGAUUAGUUCAAUAUCUGAGCCACCGUCAAGGACACUCACCCAGAACAAUAGUUUACAAAGAAGUUUUGGUGCGAACAGGAACUUGAUGAGGUUAGCACAGCGGGACAAGAACCGAUUAUGUCCUCUUCAUUACAGCGGCCAUCAGGUGUGGAAAGCUGUUGGCCCCCUCAGUGUUUGACUGGUGAACGAGCGUCGCCUGUUAGUCAGCUAUACAACCAUCUCACUCGAAACAUUCACUCAUAGACCACCUCUGGUGUUCAGUCUUAGCAGAUUGCCAUGUCCUUAAUAGUUUUGUGGUAGCUGCACCUCCUCCUCACUACAUUCAGUCUGAAUGUUUUCCCUCCCACCCAAGCUGUGCCCGCCAGUUGUUCCUACCGACACCCUGGCUGAGGAACUGGAAGCAGUACCAAUUGGAUGCGUCGAGAGUUUGCACUGCCUAGUGUGUGCCUUACUUAAAACCUCAAAUGAAACUCUGACAAAGUUAGCAGGAUUUUUUAUUUACUACUUUGUAACAAUGAACAGGCUCCAAGUUGGGGUGGGUACUAACCACUGAGGUCAUAGUGACCUUGAAGCAAAAAAAUAGAUAUAUAUCCCCAUGCCAUUAGGUCUUUUAAAACAUAUCCAGAUUAUACAUCUCCAACCUGGGCCAAAAAAGUAAUUAACAACAUUUUAAAAUGUUUAGAUGAUAACUUAUGUGGCUGUGUCGGUGUCUGGCCAGAUACGUCUCUAACGCUUGAAAUGUUACGAUAUUUAAAUGUAUUCAUGCCCUGUUAAACCCAGACCCGUUGGGGAGGUCAGUCUCCACCUGAGCAGACAGCAGGUGUAAGAAGAGGUUGUCAACACCAGCUUUUCUUCAUUUUUUCAUAUGCAAAGAAUAAUGAUGCGAGUCAAAUGAUUUAUAGUGCCAAGUGUUAUCCCACUCCCCCAAAAGGUGCUGAUGUAACAGUGCCUGUUCACAGGAAUUCUGUUUCAACUAUGAAAAUAUUCUAUUAGAUGGUCAUAACCUAUGUAUUAUGUUGUGUAUUUGCUAAUUAUUUUUUAUGUUUUGUUUUUUUUACAAAAUGCUUUGCUUGAGUUGAUUAUCACAUGGGUUGUGAAUCCACAAUGAACAAGGCCAUCCUAGGCAGUGCUCGUCACUAAGGUGUAUAAAGCAUUACAUGUUUUGUUUUUUUCCUCCCUUCAAAUGUGUGUACCUACUUUAUGGAUUUAUUUCAUUUUGUUUUUCUCAACACCAGACAAGAGAUGCUGGAUCUGUGGCCAACACAGUGUAUGUUUUCAGACUGCAGUAAAUGUAAGGUAUUUACUGAAGCUUUAUAAGGUUUUAAUGGCAUUUUCAUGGUUUUGGAGAUGCCAUAUUUUGAGCAGGUGUAGACUGGAGAAGCCCCCCCCCCACCCUCCCCCCUCCUCUCAAAGCACUCUUAUCCAAUCCUCAAACCUCUUGGUGCAACUCUGACCCCAGCUCACCUCUGCCUUUUCUCGGAUUCUAGGUGACAAACGCAAAGACCAUAUGCAAACUGGCAAUGACAGGUUAGCACUUGGACUACUGCAGAGAGAAAAACCAACGCUACCUCAGCUUAAUUUAUUUUAAUGCGAAAACUGUUUACUGGGUACAAAACAGUAUUUUCUCACCCUGAAAUACUGUUGCAACAUCUAAGGUACCAGAUUAGAGCAACCACAGCUGCUGCAGUAAUCCAAGAGUUGUUUGUAUCUCUCCAAUUGUUAUGUAUGUUUGCAUUUGAGCCAGAUGAUGAUUGCAUACAUUUUAAGGAUAUUUCAUGACUGUAAAUGUUAUGCUUUAGUUUCAGGUUCUCUUAAUUUCUACUGUACCUUGACACUGAGGAGAUAAUCCUAGAUCUGCUCCUCUUUCAUGUUAUCACCCCAUACCUUAGAAGCUAUAAAGAGCAUUUUCUGCCUCUUUACACAUCCAUCGCCUUUGUUUUUUUUUUGAAAUUAUUUGUUUUUUCAGAUUUUUCAUCUCAUGAUUCUGAGUAUUUAUUAUUAAACACAUUUUUCACCUAAUAUUCAGUAAACUGUCUUUUUGUACAUUUGGAAUUUAACAAAUCGGGAAGUAUCACAAGUUCAUUUUUAACAAUUUUGCUGAAUUGCGUAGCGUUUGUGUAGCAGGUUUAUUUGGCGUGUAGGGGGAAUAAAGGGUUUACAGGUCUCUCAGGUUCAACACGCGACAACAUGCCCUUUCAACAUUUGUAUUUAUUUCAUUGUCCUGGUGUUUUCUUUGUUGAAGUGGUUUACAGACUGUGGCAUACUGGAAAAGACUAACAUUAGGACAGAAGUGAUUUUUUUUUUUAUAUAUAUAUAUAAAAAAAAAAAAAAAGUCUGUCUAGUACAUUGCAGUAGGAGAAACAGGACCAGAUUAACGUUCUUUUCAUGUUGUUCACUUUGUCUCCACUUUCUGCCAAAAGAGUUAUUUUUUAUGAAUUUAGAUACACAUAUGGAAAUAAAAUAUGGGUAGUUAAAUGUCAUACAUUGUGAUCUUCCUUUCUUAUUAUAAAUUGUAGCCAGUUUGGACUAACAACCAAUUUUUGUCUGGUAGUUGAGACUACUUAGUCCAGUAUGCAGAAGGAAAGGGUUUGUUCUAUCCCGAAUUUCUUUUUUCUUCCCUGUUUUUUUUUUUUUUUUUUUUUUUUUCCCCCCCCAGUUAAUUUAGUCAAGACUUUCCAUAGCUUUGUCAGUUCUGUUCAUUUUGUGUAUUUAACACGUACGCAAUUGUUACUUUAGUGUAAGUUAUAUUCGAAAUGAAACAUUUACUGUAUUUCUCAAAUAAACUGCUGUGAUAUACUUGAAUAAAAAGGUGCAAACUGUA